CGGAAGCAGCGUUGGUUUUGUUAUUGUCACAGUUAAUCACGAGAAUAUGUUCGGGUAAUGUCAAAUUGCAUUACACUUUCCUACAUCUUUCGUUUAGUUCUAUAACAGAGGACCCACUGUCUCCAGUAAAGCGUGAUCUUGCUGACCGUUCAGUUAGUUCCUGUCUCGGUUCGUGCCCUGGAACAGGAACUAGAAACAUUUUUUUGCGCUCGUCUCUGCAAGGAUGGCGGCAAAUGUUGGAGAGGAGGAGGCUACUGUAUCUCUGGUGGACGUCUUAGAGGAGGAUGAAGAACUGGAGAACGAAGCCUCCGCUGUUCUUGGAGGGAGUGAUUCAGAGAAAUGCUCGUAUCCAGAGGGAUAUGUGAAGCGUCAGGCUCUGUAUGCCUGCAACACCUGCACACCAAAGGGAGGAGAGCCAGCUGGCAUCUGUCUGGCAUGCUCCUACAAGUGCCAUGAAGGCCAUGACCUUUUUGAGCUAUAUACCAAGAGGAAUUUUCGAUGCGAUUGUGGAAACGACAAGUUUGGGGAAAUGGAGUGCAAGCUAUUUGCGGAUAAAGAGAAAGUGAAUUCAGGGAACAAAUACAGCCAUAAUUUUUUUGGCUUGUAUUGCACAUGUGACAGACCCUACCCAGAUCCAGAGGAUGAGGUUCCAGAUGAGAUGAUCCAGUGUAUUGUGUGUGAGGACUGGUUCCAUGGUCGGCAUUUAGGCUGCGUAGUGCCAGACUGUGUGGAGCUGCAAGAGAUGAUCUGCGAGUCGUGCAUGAAUAAAACACCUUUCCUUUGGAACUAUGCUGCACAUAUUGCAGUGCCACCCAUGACAAAAGUAAGUCCAUGCAAAGGAGAGGAGGAUGUGAAGGUGGAGGUAGAAAAUGAUGAAGAGGAGAAGAAAAUUAAAAAUGAGAACCCUAGGAGCCCUGUUGAUGAGAAGGUGCAGGUCAACGGGACAUCCGCCUGUAAGCGGAAACACCAGGAAGAACCUGAAGGCUCCUCAGAGAAGGGUUCGUGCUCAGGUUGUAGGCUGAGAGAGAUGAAGGCCUCGGGGAGGAGCCGGACUCUGCAGGGCGCUGUGUUCUGGCUGUCUGCCUGGCGCACAAAACUCUGCACCUGCUCCGACUGCAAGGUCCUCUAUACAGAUGCAGGAGUGUCUUUCCUUAUGGACGAGAUGGACACUGUCCUGGCGUAUGAAAACAAGGGCAAGUCUACAAUGCAGGCUGAACAAGCAGGAGGAGCUGAGGGUCGUGACCCCUUGAUGUCGGCCCUAAACAACUUAAAUCGGGUUCAGCAGCUGGAGAUUAUCCAUGAAUAUAAUGACAUGAAGACCGAGCUGAAGGACUACCUGCAGCGAUUUGCAGCGGAAGGAAAAGUGGUGACACCUGAGGACAUCCGUCAUUUCUUUGAACAGCAGCAAAGCCGCAAGAGACGAAGAGCCAAUGCAGGCCAGUACUACUGCAGUUAAACUGCCCUUCACCCUGCCACUUCAAGCAUACCAGCUACAUCCAAUCCUUCACGGUUUCCCCCCCCAAUCUGUUCAUUUCAAGGCCACCCCUGGUUUUGUAAAAUAAAUAUGCAGUUCAAAUUCAGGCCCUCAUAAUCUUGUAUGAUUUUGACCUUGUAUAGUGAUGCAUGACAGAAUCUGUGUUUCCAAAGAUGUAACUGUAAUUUUUUUCUUGUAAUCCUGCCAUUUCAAAUCAACAUGUCGAUUGGCUCCAAGAUGCAUUAUGGAAAGAUUAAAAACAAUGGAUUUAUGGAAAAGAUCUAUAAUGUCAUAAAUAGGUAUUGCAGUCAAUCCUCAGGAGCUCUCUCUUUUAAGCAAUUUAAAAUGGUGCCGGUAUUUACAGAAGGCUAUUAGGGAAGUCACAAUCACAUACAUGACUGCAGUCAGUAUUCAUUCUUUUCUGAUGAGACAGCAAAUAUUCACAUUCAUGUAUGUCAGGGUAAAUGGAUCUACAGCCUAUUGGAAAAAGCUGUUUAGAUAAACCUACACAAGUGCUUUUUCAGGUUGUUCAGUUACAAUUGUGAAUUGUCUAGUAACGCUUUAUUCAUUUUAUCUUGUUUUAACCUGUUUUGUUUGUAGAUUCUGUUACUUUUUAAUGUCCUAUCUUUGAGAAAUAAACAUGGUAAUACAUUUGG